CGGAGUACUUCUGGGAACGCGACUACUGGAUAAGCCUAAGCCGCAACCACUGCUCUGUUUUCACACAGCUGUCGUCGUCUUUUAGUCUUUAUCCGGGUAGUUGUCAGUUCGCGAGAUGGAUGAGCCGAUCUUGGUCCAGUUGAGGAGAAACGAGAACAGCACACCCUGGGGUUUUCGCUUGCAGGGAGGCUUUGAGUACGGGUCCUGUCUUUACAUCCAAAAGGUGAAGCCGAAGAGUAUUGCAGAUAAAGCUGGUCUCAAGGUAGGGGAUGGCCUGCUGAGGAUAGGCCAGACGCCGGCUGUCUCUCUGAACCAUGAUGCUGCCAAGGUGGAGCUACUUCGAGCCGGAAACGAGUUAGAUCUGCUCGUUAAAAGAGGAGCAGUUGAUGUACAACAAGAAACAACAAGCGAGAACGAGUCCAAGGUUGAAGAAGAACCGACAAGGUACACCGCUUACACCAACCCUAAUGUCCAGUCUCGCUCCUUCCGUAUAUUACAGGCCUCUCUGAACUACUCUGACCCCAAUGCCUCGCAGUGACCUUCUUGUUGCCAUUCAACCGAAGUGGGGGCUAUGCUUGUUCCCCGUUAAGAUCAUUCGAAGAAACACGAUGAAUCAUGUAGGGAAUCCUUGUUGCCCUUCUUCCGGUUUUCCACCUACCAGGGAGUCGCUGUUAUGGUGGACCAAGUGCAUGAGGAUUUUCUACUUGACACUGCCUGAUUCUUCCUAGUCCUGGAAUUCUUGACUUUCAAUUCAACGUAACGCACUGGUCCUUGUUAAAAAGCAACACAUAUUACGGGAUAUCUUUCACAACAGCGUUCGGUUUUAUUAGGUACUGCUCCAGCGAAUUGUUCAGCACUUUUCUACACCUGCAUGUGUGAAACCAUCUGCUGUUCUCCUUUCUUAGGUUUUAAGCAGCCAAAAAUGUUCUGGUAUUAUCCGGAGACUUAAUCAGUUCUCCUCACUCUGUAUGGCAACUUAACACGUGGUCGAAAAAGUGAACAUGCACAUGGUCAGAGCAAGUGGAACCUCGCUCAGCUGUUUUUCUCGUGAGGCAGUCCAACUACGGUGCAAGUCCGACUGAAUGUUGAGCCUCUUGUGGCGAACAUAAAGGUGCUGAUCUUGUCAUAUUGUUAGGAUUGGUCGAUUGGCUGGCUGACCGACUUGAGACGCUCAUAUAGGCGCCAUUGCAUAUGCAAAAAGCUGGAUUUUUUAUGCCAAGCAUUCUCAUCAACACAAAACACAUUAUAUGGUGCACUUAUCAGACAAUUGUUCUUCCUUACUCAUUCUAACUCAGGCUCUUUUCAACCUGACGAAUCACACGUGUGAUGUGUUACAACUUUCUCACUGAAAUAUUCAUAUUUUCUUCAUCUAUAGAUAAAGGAUAACCAUGUAUUUAGCUGCAUCUGUUUUUCGUUAUGACUUACUAAGACAAUAGACUGUUUGGUGUAGUAGUGCAUGUGUGUGCAGCCGAACAAUGGGUAUAUUCGCCAUCUUGAAGGUGCCAAACCUAUGCUUCAAUAAUAUAUGCCCUGUAUGGUCAUCAUUCUUUCACUUUAAGUGGUUAGCGUGCUAGCGCAACAGGGAACCUUUCAUCAUUGCAGUCUCUGUGAGUUCAAGACGUGCUUAGGCUUGUCCCGCAUGUAGAUGCAAGUUUCCUUUUUGUAUGAAACCCUGAAUUUCUGCGUAUGAAGGUCCGGUAGCAAACUGCGUAUUGUUGUGUUUUUCCCAAGGGCACAACCCGUGUGGUCUCCUCCCACCAUAAUGCUGGCCAUUGAAAUAAAUAAAUAA